AUGGAGCCCGGGAGGGCCGGGAUCAACGGCAGCGGUCAGGACGCCGCCCGCACAGCCUGGCUGCGCCACCGCCCGGGACUCUUCCGGCGCGGCGAGGCUGCCCUCCUCGGCGCCCCCGGGCCAGAGCAAGGAGCCGCGGAGCGAGCAGAGAGCGGAGGUGGCGGCGGGGCCGGGGCGCGGCAGGUCCCCUCGCCGCCCACUGAGCUCUCGAACCCUGGGUCCGGCGAGGCGGGCGGAGCCCAGUGUAAUGCGGAGAAUGCCGGGCAUGGUGGGGGAGAGGGGACGCCCGAGGGGCCCCCUCUGGGAACAGCGGGGGACCUGAGGCAGGGCCAGCCAGGGCAGAGGCGCAGGACCCACUCCACAGGCCCCGAGGGCCGUGCUCCGGAGGCUCCGGCUGGCCGGGGCAAGGGGGCCUUUGUGAGCGCCCCAGGAGUGCGCAGCCGGGUGUGCGGCCGCGGGGAUGUGUGCGCGGGUGUGCGCGAGUGUGAGCGCCCAGGCGGGUGGGAACGCGCGUUAGGGAUUCUGCUGGCAUCGCAGCGUGGAGAGCAGGAGGCAGGAGUGGGGCGCGCAGGGGAGCGCGGGGCCCUCCCGCGCACACGCACACGCCGCGCGCGCGCGCACACACAUACACACACGCACACGCCCUCCCUGCCUCGCUCGCUGCCGCUGUCACCAUCUCAGAGCCGAGCCCUGCGGAGCGGGAACCCCAGCCGAGCGGAGCCGAACCGGGGAAUGCGGUCCCGGAACGGAGCGGCGCGCGAAGUGCGCGCCCGGGACGCCUCCUGUGCCCACAGGCCCUGAGGCUCCGGUGCCCACAGGCAAAGAGGGCGACUGAGUCAAACCCAGGCUGACCCCAGCCUAUUUGCAUUCCCCAAACGCCUGCCUGACCUGAGGGAUCCCAUGGCCAUGUCCUGGCUGUUUUGAGUCUGUGAGGCCACACAGCCUCCCACCUGCAUCUCCG